AUGUCAAACAACACGAGUGUCCAAAACCCAACCAUAACACUCGCAUCUCCUGAGCAUCUAAACGCUAUCACCGACCUGAUAACCCAGGCCUACACACCCUAUAUCACUCGUCUCAAUGGCAAAGAACCAGCUCCCAUGACUGCCGAUUACGCCGUGUUGAUCAGCUCUUCUUGUGUCUAUAUCCUCUGCGCUCCUCCCACACAAUCCACCUCUUCCACUGUUUUGGGCUGUAUAUCGCUAAACCUCAACGCCACAAACAACGCACUACAAAUCAACAAUCUAGCAGUUUCGCCCGAGGCUCAAGGGAAAGGCUAUGGAAAACUGCUGAUGGGGUUUGCAGAGGAUGUCGCAAAGGAGAAAGGGGUGAGCAAGCUCGAGUUGUACACUAAUGUCAAGAUGGUCGAGAAUCUGGUCUUGUACAAGAAGUUGGGGUAUGAGGAGGUGGGAAGGUGGGUUGAAGAUGGAUUUGAGAGGGUGUUUUUCGUCAAAGAACUGUAG